AUGCCUUCAAAGUACGACGCAACGGCCACCGCUAGCGGCCUCGUCAACGACUUGGCCUCUGAGAUUAAGGUCAAGGUCAUCCUGACAACUGGUGUCUCACCCGGCGGCCUAGGCGCCAAUUUCGUCGAGGCCAUUGCCAAAGCUUCACCCUCUCUUCUGAUCCUGGCUGCUCGCAGCCCAGCCAAGGCGGAGAAGACUGCAGAUAAAAUCAAGGCCGCUAAUCCCGAUGUUAAGACCAAGGUUCUCGAAUUGGACCUUGGAUCCCUGGCCGCCGUUAGACAGGCUGCCGAGACUGUCUUGUCGUGGGAUGACGUGCCCUUCAUCGACGUGCUUGUCAACAACGCCGGUAUCAUGGCCGUCGACUAUAAGCUGACGCCCGACGGCCACGAGAGCCAUUUCGCCACCAACCAUCUUGCUCACUUCCUCUUCACCAACCUCAUAAUCGACAAGGUCCUCGCCGCAGGCACGCCUCGCAUUGUCAACAUUAGCAGUGACGGCCAUCGUAUGAGCCAUAUCCGCUGGGACGAUUACAACUUUAGGGCGGAGACGUACAACAGAUGGGUCGCGUACGGCCAGUCUAAGACCGCUGACAUGUUGUUUUCCCUCUCCCUCGCCGAGAAGCUUGGAAAGCGCGGCCUUCUCUCCUUCAGUCUGCAUCCAGGCGUCAUUGGCACGAACCUUGCCAAUCACAUUGAGUGGGGUAGCGACUUUGCCGGUCUCACGACUAUGGACCGUUCUCUCGGAAACAAGGAGGGCUGGGCUGAGUUCAAGUGGAAGACCCCGGACGAGGGUUCUGCUACUCACGUGUACGCCUCUUUCGAGCCGUCUUUGAAGGAUAAUAACGGUGCCUACCUGGAGAAUUCGCACAUCGCCGAUCCCUGGGUUGAAACUGUGAAGCCGUGGGGCACCAGUCCUGUUGAGGCUGAAAGGUUGUGGAAGUUGAGUGAGAAGCUCGUCGGGCAGGAGUUCCAGUACUAA